GCCGCCGCCGCCGCCGCCCCGCCGAAGACCGCGACCACUACGACGACUAAUACUACUCCGUCGAAAAUGCCGCCGCUGCAGCGUCUGGCCGGCGGACCGCGUCUGGCGGACACUCAGGUGGCGGCUGCGGACAAGUCACACCGGCGCAAGAUAUCGUUGCCGUGGUUCAGACAGACGAGCACGUCGACCGCUGCGGCCGCGCUCGCCCGGCAACACACCAUUGACACGCCGGGCUCGUACAGGCACCGUAGUUCGAAAGCCACGCGAUCCUCUGCCGCCACCGCGUCCGUGCAGAACUCGGGCGUGGAGAUGACGUGGGUGAUCGCGGAUUUCACGGCCACGGCCGCCGGCCAGGUAACUGUCGCCAAAGGCCAGCAGGUCGAGCUCCUGGACUGCUGUGGUGGUACGAGUGAAAUGGUUUUGGUGCGGGUACCGUCUGACUGUACCGAAGGAAUGGUGCCGCAUAUUGUACUCAAGCAACCACCGUCACUCAAAUCGCCGCAAGCCACAGGUAAAGAAAAACACCAUUCAUAUUAUAAUAGAUAUCAAUUUAUAUACAUAUACGAUUAAGAAAAGUCGUAAUCAGGGGUGAAUAUAAACGAAAGGUGAGAGCUGUGAGGGUGGCUAAAUAAUACCUCCGAGGUGCCAUCUCCAUUCGUAUCGUUUAUUAGUUAAUUUAUAGAAUAAGGUGGAUUGUAUUUUAAAUAUUCUAAAGCAGCUAUAUUAUAUACUUAGUUAAUUUUAAUUUUUAUGAUUCGUCGGUGUAUAUUUUUAUUAAUUACUUUUUAAUUUUUAUAUCCGCCUCCUGAUGAAAUAGUUGUUACUUAUGUGGUAUAUUCAUCCUACAGGUAGGCCUAUAGGUUACAUGAUAUUUAUGCCGUUUUAAAUUCAGUUAACUGUUCUUCUCUGUCGCUCUGUAUAAUAGUGGUGAGUACGUUUCUGCUGUUAGUCAUUAUUGCUAAAUUAGGUACACCCUUUAUAGAUUAUAGGUAAGUACCUACUUAGUAGGUACUUACGAGAUGUACUCGCAUUUUGUUUAAAAAGUCUAAGCAAAAACAAACAAAUUAGUAACUUGCAAUUACACGUAUAUAUAUAUUAUUCUCUAAGGUCGAAUACAUAAAUUAUUCCCUUAACAAUUUAUGAUUUAAUACGCUUACUGUAUUCUCGAUUUUCUAUGUAUAAAUACGAGUUGUUUUUGUUUGUAAAUUAGAAUUCGUAUGUGCAGAGGGUUUUAAUUAUAUAUCCCGUACUAUUGAUUUAAAAAUAAAUAUAAUUAAAUUUGUAAAUUUCUAGUAUCUAGUGUGGGUACUUGGAUAAAUAUUAUGGACACAUAUCAUAAUUUAUCCUCCACAAAAUACAAUGUCAACUUGUUAUUUUAGGUAUUUUUUGUGAAUCUAAUAUUGACAUAUUAAAUUCAUAUUUACAUAUGUCAUGAGAAGUUGUUUGUCUUUUUUUGUGAAUUAUCUUUGUUCUUGUAAUAGUGCGAAGGCAUUAUGAAUUAGCAACUACGUAUGGUCAGUGUUGUUGUACAAAAAAGGAAACUGGCAUAAAAAGUUUCUACAAUGAAAUUUAAUAUUAGUCCUGACAUGGCGCGACCCUAUUUCCUUUUAUCCCAUCGAUUUCAUCAUCGUUAUUUGUAUAGAUAUCCGAAGAGAGUCAAUAAUUAUUAAUAAUGAUUUAUUGCUUAUAUUUUGUAAUUUGUUAUAUUUCCGCAAUAUCGUAUCACUGACAAUCGAUAAUAAUUAUACAUUUAAUAGGUUUUCUUUCAAAAAUGUAAUAAAACUAUUUUGUAAAUCAAUUUGAAUCUAUAAUGUAUUCCAGUUUCUUCAAAUAAAUAGAUAAUUCUCUCCAGUGCAUAAACUAUAAAUUCAAUGUUAUAUUCAUCAAAGCUGUUUUAUUAAAUUAUAU